GAGCCAAGGGCCCAUCUCAAAGGGGCGCCAGGGUCUGUAUGGAUGCUGUGGCGGAGCCUCCAGCAAGCAUGUGGGCGAAUAGCUUUGAUGCAUUGGAUCUAAUCAAUCUCUCUCCUCUCCAUAUUCAAAAUAUUUUUUGCCUCGCUAGACUCGGAGAGGGGCCCCUUCUUCAAGUCGAUCUUUGUUAAUGUUUGUUCAUUAUAUUACCAGUGUCCUUUUUGGCUAAUCUUAUCUCUCUUUGGUGAGGCGGAAGCUCGGAAAAACAACGUUUUGACUACUAACCUAAGGUACGGCACCUACCUAGUCGCAAUUGUUUCUACUUUACGCUUCAAAACCCUGGCAAUACUUCAAACCUGACUCGUUACACGUUUUAUCUUAUUUUUCUUCGCGAUAUAUGAUUGCGCCUCCUCCAUCCUAAUCACCCAAUUCUCUCGCCAGUCGCUGCGAAAAAGCGACAUCUUUUGCGACAAUGAGCUCUCCAAACACUCCCUCAAAGCAUGGUAGCCAUGCUCAAUUACGGCGCCCUUCUCUCCUCUCAAACGAGGAUAGCCACAACCCUCUGGGCACGCGCAGUGGCGCCCUCCAGUCCCUCAUCCGCAGUCGCUCUCACCAGAGCAUACAGAGCUUGAGCAGUUCUGUUCCCGCGCAUCCUCCCUCUUUCUGGAUGGGACCUGACGAUGAGGAGACUGGACUGCUCCGCCACGACCAUGAUGAGCUUGGCAGGCUGCUCGCUGAUGAGCGCCGCCUCACCCAAUUGCUUCACGGCCCCCAGAACCGCAGCGCCAAACUCAUUGGCAGAAGCAACCCUCGAUAUCGAUGGGAGCAGUACUGGAAGCCUGAGGAGGAGCUGGCUGCUAUGUCCAAACCACUGCGCGAGUACUAUGAGAGAACAAAUGAGUUGAUUCAGCAAUAUCUGUACAUCGAUGCUCUCCUCGACUCCGCUAUCCCCCACGAUCUCCUCAACGAGUAUCAAGCAGAGCUUGAAGCUUCUGCAUUCCGACCACUUGACGUCCCAGAUACCAUCAACGAGGAGCCCUCCACCACAUCCGACUCCCCCCCUCUCACUGGAUCAACUCCUGUAUCCGCAUCUAUCACUCCAGGCUCCUAUGGCACUGUCAGUGUCAAGCCUAGCAAUUCGACCACAAAGCUCCCUGCUACUCGCACACCUCAAGAUAUCUUCCGGUCCUCCGAGAACUUGCCACUUCUUCAGCGUCAGGAUCAAUCCGAGGACGAAGACGAGGAGCAACCUCCGCGACCUGCUAGCCAAGAAGAUGACAACGGCCCCAAGCCCUUGUUACCUUGGUUGGAGGAUGCUGAAAUCGACAGCGACGACCCCAUCGUGACAUUGGCCAUCUGGGUAAACUUCAUUGCCAAUGCCAUUUUACUCGCUGGAAAGCUUGUUGUCAUAGUCUCAGUGCCUUCAAUGUCCGUCCUUGCCAGUUUAGUAGAUGCUGUGCUAGAUUUCCUCAGUACCGUCAUCGUAUGGAUUACUACGCGUCUCAUCUCGUCCAGUCAUCAAGACCAAUAUAGCUAUCCUGUUGGUCGCCGCAAACUCGAACCACUUGGCGUCCUCGUCUUUUCCAUCAUCAUGAUCACAUCUUUCUGCCAAGUCGGACUCGAGUGUAUUUCUCGCCUCAUGGACCCUGAGCAUGCUAUUCUUGAGCUGGGUAUUCCAGCUAUUGCCAUCAUGGUUUCUACCAUCGUCAUCAAGGGUGCCUGCUGGAUCUGGUGUCGUGUCGUCAAGAACUCAAGUGUUAGAGCAUUGGCUGAGGAUGCAAAGACGGAUGUGAUCUUCAACACUGGUUCCAUCCUGUUCCCCAUCAUCGGCUACUAUGGGCGAAUCUGGUGGCUCGAUGCUGUCGGUGGCUUGUUCCUCUCCCUUGUUGUCAUCUUCAACUGGAGUCAGACCUCGGCACACCACGUCCGUAACCUUUCAGGCUUCUCCGCCCAGCCUGACGAGCGAAACCUGCUGCUAUACUUGACCAUGCGCUUCGCCACUGCCAUUCGUCAGAUUCAAAAUUUGCGCGCCUAUCACGCUGGUGACAAACUCUUCGUCGAGGUCGAUAUUGUGCUCUCUGCAGCGACACCUCUCAAGGACAGUCACGAUCUUAGCGAGGUGCUGACAUACUUCCUCGAGUCUGUGCCAAUCGUUGACCGAGCAUUCGUCCACGUCGAUUAUACUAGUUAUAAUGCCCCGACCCAUAUGCUCAAAGGAUCUGCCGCAAAACAGAAAUAAGGCUGAAUUGCAACAAUAUAACGAGGCCAUGCGGAUUAGAUCCCCCGUUUGCAAGCGAGACGGGCAGACUAGUCGCCAGAGAUCUAAAGGGGCAUGGCAAUAUCUAAAGAGCUUGGGUGCAUAUAGAAGCGUGUGUUCAAGCGCGGAGCAGUUCUGUGGGAGCGUCAUAGUCGUUUUUGCAAAAACCUCAGUCGCUUCGGGAAGCGGAGCGAUUGUACUAUAUAUGUAUUAUCAAGAGUAUUAUCUCUCAAAAGAGUCGGAAAGGAAGACUAGACAAGCGCUAUAAUAACAAAAAAAAAAAAAAAACAUCAAGACCCAUUCACUACUGAUCGUCCUC